AGGAGACCGGAACCGUUUUGAAGUUCAUUAUAUACCACGGGUUACCAAACUAUGGCCAGCGAGCACUAUCAAUCCGGCUCGCCAAAGCUUUUUAAAUAAUUUUACAAAGUUAAAAUAUACAAGGUUUAACAUGCCUACAGUGCGACAAAUACUGCUUGCCAUUAGUACUCUGUUGGCAGACGAACCUCAGCCUCCUAGAAGAAGACGCAGACGACACAAUUCUGCUCGGCAUAAUAAUCGCAGCAGGCAAGGAGCUGGUGGACUGGUCAUUACCUUCAGAGACCUCUUCACUCCUGGAGCUUUGAAUUUUAUUUUAGAUGAUCUCGAUGGUAACCGUAGAACACCAAGGAAAGAUAAAGGCAACUCUUCCAGCUUCAGGCAAAACUGCACCAAGUCUUCUUCUGUUGUGCAUUGUGAUUCAUUGGCACAAUCAUGCCAAAAGGGUAUAAGCUGCACAACUAUGUUUUCAGGAACUGUUUCGAGAGAAAUAUUAGCAACUAGGGCAAAUGCAGUGGCUUGUGAAGAAGAAACAACACCUCUUUUGCUCAAUGACGAAGUGCCUUCUUUCAGAGAAGAAUUGUGUGAAUUUUCCGUGCCUAUGCCAUUAGUACCUUAUCGGGAAACUAGGGGACCUUUAGCCAUUCUAAAGAAUAAAUUUCGAAGAGAAAGGGAAAUCGUAACUGUAACUUUGACUACGGAGGACGAAGAUAAGACUGUUCAGACAUUGAGGAAGGCACUCAAGUGGUCUCCGAAGAAGCAGGAAUUGGCUUCAUUUUCUGUUCCUUUGCCAAAUGAGGACAAGCACAAAGCGGUGGCUGUGGUACAGAAUGCUGUAAAUCGAGUCAAGGAAGAACAGCUUAUGAAAAAGAAAAGAAAGUUUUUCAGAAUUUCUUUCUGCUGACCGCAUAAGAAGUAUUUUUUGACAAAGAACGUCUUAAUGAUGCUUUCAGGAAGUACAACAUCUUUGCAGUUGUGAACUUGUAGAUAUUUUACUGGAACACAGAAUCGUGGUUAUUCGAUCAGGACAUCCAAGAUUAUGACUUGGCAUGAAAUCUUUAAUCCUUAAUAAUAUUAUUUAUUAAACAUAGAUCACUCAAGUAGUAUUAGAAUUUCUUUCUGCUGACAGCACAAGAACUAUUUUAUGAAAAGAAUACCUUAAUGAUAUUUUGAGGAAAUACAGAUUCUUAGCAGUUGCGAUUUUGUUUAAGAGACUUUUCUAGAACAUAGAAUUAUGAAAUUAUUCCUGCCAGUGUCCUAAUUGAGUGGAAGAGGCUAUUCAAGAUUACAACUUGGUACAAAAUCCUUAAUUGUUAAAGAAUAUUAUUAAUUAGACAUGGAUCAGUGAACUAGUUUUGGCCAGUGCCAAAACCAACCGCGAUUAAGUAAAGACCACUCGACUGGUUCUGGCUUUAUUGUGUGGCAUAAAAGUUUCGAAAAACUAUUUUGCGUUUAUUCUCUUUAAAUGCGUUGUUUUACUUUUCAUUCUAGUCUGUUGGUGUUUGGCAAAAUAUAAAUUGAAAAUGACUCCUUAUUGAUGAAUAAACUAAGCCACUUAAAAGUGAAAGAUGCAGUUCUUAAGAAUAUUAAAAUUUUGACUUUUGAAUCGAAUUGAUUGAAAUAAGAAUACAUUUAAUUCAUCAUAAAUCUAAUUAAAAACAUUCAAUGUUUUUAUAGAAUUAUAUUCUAUAUUUUUGACCUCACAAUCAAAUAGACAGAAAAUAUAGAACGCUUCCAUGAUAUAUAGGAUACAAGAUGAUAAUAUACUAAAUGUAAAUUCAUCUAAUAUUCCCUAAAAUGUGUCGCUGUUCCACCUAGGCUAUCUCUAUUGAUAAUCUCUACGAAUAAAACCAUAUUCAGCUUUAAAAGAGGCCUUUUGAGCAACCAUUCAGAUCCAACCUAUUCAUGAUGGGAAAUCGGACCUGGAGCGAACUUGCCAUUGUUCAGUGGCUUUAGCGAUUCAGUGACUGAUAAACCGAGUGAAUCAAAAUGAUCUAAAUUUCAUUUAAUUGAAGCGGCCCACCAGCGGUCGAGCGGUAAAGUCGCUGAACACUGGUAGUUCGGUCCGAGGUUCGAAUUCCGCGAACGGGCUGCAUGGGUGUUUUCGUGAUUUUCCCCAUGUGUAACGUAUAUGCUAGCCAGUUUUCCUCUACAAAGUCAUCCGUGAAGGCAUAGUCCUCGAGCCUUUGCUAUAAUCACACACAAAAUUAAUUGAAGCAAUACAGUCAAAAGUCGUUAUUCCGGGCUCGUCGGGACUUCGGCGAUUCCGGAUUAUCGAUUUUUCCGGAUUAUAGAUCAUCAGUUUAAA